AGGCCUAUUACAGAGCCAAGAUGGCGAUGACAGAGCGCUCUUUUCUUGUUUAAAAACUAGCGCUCGGAGGCGGGUCUGAAAUUGCAUCACAGCUGAUCUGGAACCCUCCCCGCCCCCCUCGGAGUUGUUUUUGCAUGAGAUUGACGAGAGGAUCUCCUUAUUUUCUGUUUUAGCUGUUUUAGAUUUAAACAGUUGGACUGGCUUUCUUUCUCGACCUUUAAUACUAAUUCAUAGAGCUGCACGCACAAUGCCCUUUAUUUGCAGCAAAAAUGCUUUGACCGCAAAUUUCAGAGAAAUCUUUUGUGAAUUCAAGUCAGCUUUGACCCAGUUUUGGUGUUCGAGGCUUUGAUUUUGUUGGUCUCCCGCAGAGAUGAUUUCGGCCGGCGAGGAGGUCACUUCCAGCUUGUUGAGCCCCGGAGGAGGUGCAAUCUCCCCUGCUUUGGAGCUGAGCCUCACCACAGCGUACACCGUCCUGUACUCGCUCCUCUUCGGCUUCAUCUACCUGCAGCUGUGGCUCGUUCUGCACUACGGAUACAAACGCUUUAGCUACCAGAGUGCGUUCUUGUUCCUGUGUUUACUGUGGGCAGCGCUCAGGACGACCCUCUUCUCUUUCUACUUUGAAAAUGGGACGCAGGCCAAGCAGCUACAGCCGCUGGCCUACUGGUUGCUCUACUGCUGUCCGGUCUGCCUCCAGUUCUUCACCCUUUGCCUGCUCAACCUCUACUUCUGGCAGGUGGUAUUUAAGGCAAAAGCCAAGUAUUCCCCAGAGCUCACCAAAUACAGGGUGGCUCUAUCACUACUCUUCCUGUCCGUCUGUAUAUUUUUCCUUGUGGUGAAUUUAACGUGCGGAUUGUUGGUGCAGGGAGCUUUGGAGCGUUCUGAAUUGCCAAGUGACAGGAGUGUUAGACAUGCUGUCCUGGCCCGUGUCCUGAUCAAUGAUGGCCUCUUCGUCCUGUGUGCUGUAUCUCUGGCUGUCUGCAUCUUCCGCAUUGCUAAGAUGUCCUCCGCCAAUGUUUUCCUCCAAUCUAAGGGAACAUCAGUGUGUCAGGCGGCAGCUAUGGGGGCGAUGGUGAUUGUCCUCUACACGUCGAGAGCAUGUUACAACCUGGUGGUGUCGCUGUCGCCACUGGGUGAACCAGAUUUGUGCAACUACAGUUGGUACACAGUUUCUGAUCAGACUGAUGUGCUGAAGCUCAGCGGUGAAGCUUACAUGGUGUUUGGAAUCAUUUUGUUCUUCUGGGAGCUGCUGCCUACCAGCUUGAUGGUUCUUUUCUUCCGAGUCCAGAAGCCCAACCAAAACAUGGUUCCUGCAGGAAUCCUCAAUAGCCACACUUUUGGCUCCAGGGAUUCUUUUUUCGACAACCCGAGGCGGUAUGACAGUGAUGAUGACCUGCCCAGAAACAACAGGAGCGAUCGAGCUAGCCUGCCCUCGUCCACGAUGCAGCCCAGUUGUGUCUCCAGUUGGUACGGCUCUAUCCAAUGUAACGGGACACUGGUGUCAACCCAGCCGCCGCCAUCCUCCGCCACAGCCCCUCUUCUAUUCGCUUACAGAAACGUCCAGAGUACCCAGCACCAUCACCACAACUACUACUCCACACCGCAAAGUAAUCAACACCAUCAUGGUUAUAAUUACUCUACUCCUCAGAGCUGAGAAGAAAAGGUUUGGAGAGGAAGGAUUGUUUCAUAAAAAAUACAAGCUCUCAUGAAGACAUUGUGGACAAGAAAUGUAGCACCCAAAUUCCUCCCCUUUAUCCACAGGGUCACGCUUUGACAUUGUUAUAAAAAAGAAAAAAAAGCUGCAAAAAAUAAGAGUUAUAUUUGAACUAAGACGGUUGCCAGUGAAAGAUUCCAUUUCAGUGCCAUUGACAUCGGAAGCAUCAAUAGCAGCCAGUGAGUUAAGGACAGAUUCAAGUUCAUAAAAAAACAUAAUGACUGAUUGCAGCAGUUUAAUACUUCCGAGUACAAAAACCACCAAACGAAAUAUGUUUGCACCCACAUUAGAUGUCAUAGUCAUUAAGAGAAAGAUUGUUGUGGUCCACAGGCUGGACAGUUUGGCCAAAAACUUUUAUAAGCUUUUGCUGCAACCUUUUGCACUUGGACGUGUUCAUCCUCCGACAGUGGAAGAGGACGUCACUGCCGUCACGUCAAAUCUCAUUCUUUCAUUCCUUAAGGAAAAUGUUUGCACAAGAUAGUCAAGUGAUGCAAGGAUUGAAUUGUUUGCAUGUUUUGAGUUGAAAAUCGGUAUGUUUAUAGUCUGAACUAUGAGGAUGCUUUUAUACGCUUUUUUUUUUAAUCACCAGCUUUACUGAUUUAACGAGUUUGUACUUUUUCGUAGUUUACACAUUGUCUCGAAUUGAUUUCUUUAUUUAGAGUGUCUCACCUAUAUCCCCAAAGAAAGUUAACAAACUAAAAGUUGUGGGUUAAAUCGAAACGGCCCUCAACCUGCCAAACAGCAACCAAUGAGAGUGAGAUUAUUUCUUGGUUUAUUAUUUCCAUUAAAAAAAAAAUAAUGGGAGCUACAUACAAGAGACAUCUUUUUAGCUUGUAUGCAGUUUAAAGAUCUCCCUCAUUUUUCUUUAUGGAGGAUCGAAAGGUAGCUACAAAAUUCAAAAGUGGCAAAUAUGGGUCCCCAAACUGGUGGAGUUCAAACUAACUCUCCAUUCCAAACAAGCUUUGAUAGAUAGACACUGCUGCCACCAUGUUCUUGAAGUUUAUUUCUUGAAAUAUCAUUUAAGAAAGUUCUUUCCAUUUAUUGACAUACCAGUGUGCAGUAAAAGGCUUUGCAUCAUCAUUUAACAGGUUUAUCAUGUUUGAGAUGCAAUCCCUUGACGUAAGUUGUCAUUGAACCAGGACCAUACUGAAUGUAAACUGUUAUGUGACAGACAAAUCACAAAUGUCAUUAAAAUAAGCACUAUGUUUGAAUAAAGGCUUACUGCACUGUUUCAGAGAUAAAGGUCGUUUAUUAUAAA